AUGUCUGAGUACGACAUGCACAUGUCGAAUACCAGCCGCUCCACUGGCCCACACAGUCGGCGUAGGCAAGGCUCACAUUUUUCCGCGAAUACUGGCAGCCUUGCUGGCGUCCCAACGGCGGCUGAAACUGCUACAGCUGGUCGUGGCCACGCAAAUGGGACCGAGUCGGCCCCUGUUGUCCCGCAGCCGCCCACGCCACAGCACAUGAAUAUUUCCCUGAAGGAUCUAAACGGACCAUUGACAGGAGAUAGCGAGUUGGGCGGUGCACCUCCCAGUCCUAGCACACUAACAGACAUAAUCUUGUCCUUACAUGCAUCUUUAUAUGGUGCAAAGCGGCAAGUAGAUGAAAUCCACGAAAUGGUCCGGCGCUACUAUGACGUGAAUGCAGUGUUUGACAGUCCUCUUGUUUCUGCACAUGGGCGCGAUCGUAUCAUUGACCAGUUCGUGCUCGCUUUUGCUCUGCCCGGACUUGAGGUUCGUUCUGAGCUAAGAGAUGUGAUUUGUAGUGACUUUGAAUUCGACGGCACACGUGCGGGUAUCAUUGAUCACACUAUCACUGUCACGUUUUUCCCCAACCUCUUUGGCUCUUCUUCACAAGAACAAGAUGUGGGCAUACACACACCUGGAACUAGCCACGGCAAUGUUACGCCGCACCCGUUCUUAAACUACCCCACGUCUGCCGGUCAUCAGGGUGCUUAUCCGAUGCGGCGUCAUAGCUCCGGCUUUUUCUCCAGUCCACGAACCCCAUCCACGCCUUUUUGGCAGCCGAGUAGCUCGUACGUCGGCGGCUCGAAUUGGAACACACGACCACGCCCGCCCGCCAUAAUGCAGCAAGGAAGCAUGCCAUCGUCACAGGCUCAGUCAUCUCAUCUGUCACUUAGUCCAGGUGUGAUUGACUCACAUGGGCCAUCCUUACCGAGUCCGCGCGACGGCGUCAGAGCAACUUGCACGCCUGUGACACCCACCACACCUGUCGCUCGAAUGAUGUCUUCGCCUGUGCCUGCAAUGCCUGUUGAUGCCGCAAAAUCUCAUUGGAAUGCACCCCAAGGCCUUGGUCGACGUUCGGUGUGGUCUCUAUUGUACGACUUGUUACGUCCGUCUCAGGCACUGCGGAUCAUUUUUUCUCUUGAGCUAAGUCUUUUCAGUCGCUUGGAGUUCAAUGAGGCUGGGCGGAUCGUCCGUCAUGAAGAUACCUGGAGUGUGCGAGAAUUGGUCGUUGGCAUGUUACCGUUCUUUUCCCUGUGUAUUCUAUAA